UUCUGUCUCACAAAUUUUACCGUAAGAGUUAAUUAUACUUUUACCUAGAUUUAAGUAACUAACUCUCCGGUCAAAAAACUUGCAUUUUUCUUUAUUGAAAAAUGGAGCUUCGUAAACGGGGAUUACGAGCUCCGUUUAUCGUAUUCGUCGCCAUUGUGUUAUUCCUCUUUCAGUUUUGGGCCGUGACGGGCCAAAUUAAUCACAGCGAGCCUUCUACGCAGACCUCCGUUAACUCUUCGUCGGGGACAAGUACUCGCUUUCUCUCCUCAUCAUCACCACUAUCGUUAACCGGGAAACGAUCCUCAUUCAGGUUCAGGUGGAGGAGAAGACGACAUCAUCGUAACAAAGUAAACAGAGCGAGCAUUCAGUUUCUAUACGCACACAACCUCAUACGAGCCCGCGUGGGAGAACCACCGUUACAAUGGGACGGAAGACUAGCGGCGUACGCGCGUAGGUGGGCGAGACAGCGUGUUGGGGACUGUAGGCUUGUUCACUCCAACGGUCCGUAUGGCGAAAACAUAUUUUGGGCGGGACAGAAUAACUGGAGGACCAUAAAUAUCGUUAAAGUGUGGGCCGACGAGAACAAGUUUUACGACGUGAAGGCUAACACGUGCGAGCCGGGGCAAAUGUGUGGACAUUACACGCAAAUCGUGUGGAGAGAUAGCACGAAGGUUGGGUGUGCACGUGUGGAUUGCUCAAAUGGUGGCCUUUAUGCGAUUUGCGUUUAUAAUCCACCGGGAAAUUACGAAGGUGAGAACCCGUUUGGAAAUUAUGAAGACCAGAUUGGUCUUGUCCGGCAGGAUCCACCGGCGGUGGUCGUUACUCCAUUUUAACUUGAUGUCUUGAAAGCAGAGGACAUGGUAUGGUGGCGGCAGAAUCUAUUUUUAGUUGUUAAUUUUUCUUUUGCUCUGAUUCUUUUUAU